AUGACCGCGAGCAACUCCCCGGAGGCUGUGGCCGACCCGGCCAGCGCCUCCGCCGCGGUCCCGUAUGGGACGCGAUCGAGAGGGCGUAACGCUCCUCGGCCCAAUUACGCCGAGGACCGGGACCUCGACGUGGACUUUGAGGCCGCUCCCGCCAAGACCGCCAACAAGCGCAAUAGUGGCGUGGCCCUCAAUAACAUCGUCAACGGAUCCAAAACCGACAGCGAGAAGUCCUCACCAGUGCAACCCCGGAAGAGUCUACCCAACGGCACUGCCAAUGCCGCGCCCAAAGACUCCAUCCCCGGCACGUCGUCCUUCUCGGCGCGUCCCGACGAUGUGAAUGGCACCGGCUCCUUACGGAAGCGCAAGCAGCCUGCGAGCACCCCGAAUUCCAGUGCGAGCUCCGGUGGUAAUGCCGCAAAGAGGAUCUUCACCGCCGCGCCGGGUGAUUCGGACGGUGGUUAUUUCACUAACAUGAUGAGCUUUGAGGCCUCGGGUCCCUAUCUUGAAAAUGGCCAAAUCAAAUCGGACGAUGGCACCACAUUUGCCGUAAAUGAUCAUGUAUAUUUAAUUUGUGAACCUCCUGGUGAGCCAUAUUACCUGGCUCGAAUCAUGGAGUUUUUGCCUUCGAAGACGAAAGAGUCGGGCGUGAUUGAAGCGUUGCGGGUAAACUGGUACUACCGCCCACGCGACAUUCAGCGCCACAGCGCCGACACGCGAUUUGUAUAUGCAUCGAUGCACUCGGAUACAUGUCCCCUUUCUUCGCUACGCGGGAAGUGUCAGAUUCGCCAUGCCUCGGAGAUCGACGACCUGACCUCAUAUAAAAAGAUGCGAGAUUCGUUUUGGUACGACAAGAUGUUCGAUCGUUAUAUUCAUCGCCUAUACGACGUGAUUCCCACCAAGGAUGUGGUCAAUGUGCCACCCAAUGUCAAGCGCGUCUUGGAUGAUCGUUGGAAGUUCAUCCUCGUCGAAAUCGGGAAGAGCAAGGAAUUGACGGGCGCCGUGAAGACCUGCAAGCGAUGCCACCUGUUCGCGGCAAAUUCCGAGUCGGUUGAUUGCGCGGUGUGUCGCUCGACCUACCACAUGUCCUGUGUCCGACCUGCCCUCACAAAGAAGCCUGCUCGCGGAUUUGCCUGGGCUUGUGCGCCCUGCAGUCGGGCCCAAGAACGCAAAUUGGAAGCUCGCAACACGCCAAUUAUCGGCGGGGCCAAAGCGGACGGGGAGGACGAGGUUAUGGAAGAGGAAGACGAAGAGCACCACGCCAAAGCUGUCGUCAACGACACCUCUGUCAGCACUCCGGCAGCCAUCGAGGACUCCAUGCCCCAGCCGGAAACCGCGGAGCAGAUGGCACAGGCGAGGAUGUGGCCGUAUCGCUAUUUGGGCAUGCAUUGCCGCGUGGAGGACGCUCUCGACUACGAUGAUCGGAUCUACCCUCGUGCCAGUUCCCGACUCGGACCGCGACACCAAGCCAUCGUCAAUCCUUGGUUUGGACGUCCAGUGGAAUACGUGAAGCCACUUGAGCUCAAGAAGAAGUACGCAAGGCAGUCGGGCGGUCCCAAAGUCGGGAAACUGACCACUGACAGCAAGGCUGCCAUGGAGGCUGCGAAACAAGAAAAGGCCACUCGGCCUAAAUGGGUCCAGGAUCUGCCACCAGGGUAUAUUCAACGUGGAGAGGACGAGCCGGUUACGAUGAGUAAUGGGAAGCAGGCGCGCACGGCCGAGCUCGUGUUCAAGAUGCCGGCUGCGGAGCAGCUCCCCGCACGAGGUGAAGACGAUGCGCCGGGCGCUCAUCUGAGCGAUGCUGACCGGGAGGCUUUUAUUGAUGACUAUAUGCGACGAGCGAAGGACUUGGCUCCCGAUGUUGGAGUUGAGAAGUACUGCACCAACUUUUUGGACAAGGCUCUGGAGCUGCUAUAUUCCGAAAGCUUCAAUGCGGACGCAGCUCUCGCCAAGUUGAAGAAAGUCAACAAGUACAAGGAUCUCAAGGAGCCUCAUCUUCGACCCGAGGAGUUAAAGUUGUUUGAGCAAGGAGUUGCCAAGUAUGGUUCCGAAUGGCGCAAUAUCACCAAGCAUGUCAAGACUGUUCCACACUACCAGAUUGUGCGGUUCUACUACAUGUGGAAGAAAACUCCCCGAGGUCGACAAGUAUGGGGCAGUUAUGAAGGGCGACGAGGCAAGAAGGAGGUUCGCCGCCAGAGUGUGGCUACCUCCAAACUACUCGAUGAUGUCGCCGAUGAUCACGAUGAUUCAGCCUUUGAUAACGAGAAAGCAGUCAUUCAGAAACGCGGAUUUCAGUGCAAGUUCUGCUCCACUCGCAGCUCCCGGCAGUGGCGACGUGCACCCCUGGUCCCUCCCGGGACCACGGUUCCUUCGGACCCUUCUGCAAAGAAGGAUAAAGGGCCCUUGCUUACCGUUUCCCUCUGCCUUCGCUGUGCCUUGCUAUGGCGCAAAUACGCCAUUCAGUAUGAGGAUAUUGAUGAAGUCGGGAAGAGAAUUGCAACCAGCGGCAACAAGUCAUGGAGGAGACGCAUUGACGAGGAGUUGCUGGCCCAGAUGAUUGUGGCUACCGAAACACCGUUCACCAUCAACAGUGUCACAGCGGCCACCGCCUCCUCCAUCGGAAUUUCAGUUGAUGUCAACCCUCACCUGCAGCACGAAAGCAAGUUGGAUAAGAAGAAACCGCGUGCUGAUGUGCCGAGCACUGCGACAUCCACUGCGACAUCGGUCGAGCCCAUGCCGAAGAAGAAGGUGGGUGCCGAGAAGACUAGUUCUGAGGGACCGCCAAUUGUCCCCGAUCCGCCUAGGGCGAAGACUCUUCCAUGUGCGAUUUGUCGCAAGGUCGAGCCGUCUGGCGAUGAGCACCUCUCUUGCCGAGACUGCCGCCUGACCGUUCACCGCAACUGCUACGGAAUCUCGUCCUUCCGAGCUGGCAACAAGUGGCUAUGCGAUAUGUGCUCCAACGACCGCAGCCCUUCAAUCUCUACAACCUACGAAUGCGUUCUCUGCCCAGUAACAUGGACCGAGCACGAUCUGAUGGAAACCACUAAGAACACCAGCCGGAAGAAGUCAGACCGGGACAAGGAAAAGGAACGGCUAGAGAAGGAGAUGGUCACCGAAGCCAUCAAGCUUUACCGCCAGCGUCAGGAAGCAGUGGGCAAGCCUGUCAGUCCUCGGGAGCCUCUGAAGCGCACUGCCGGCAACAAUUGGGCCCACGUGAUGUGCUCCUUGUGGACCCCAGAGAUCAAGUUCGGGGAUGCGAAAGAGUUGGAACCUGCGGAGGGAUUUGGGUCUAUUCCUAAAGACCGGUGGCGCGAGGUGUGCAAGAUUUGCAAGUCGUCUAAGGGCGCGUGUGUUUCCUGCCACUCUACUGGAUGCAACAGCCAUUUCCAUGUUGGCUGUGCGUUCCAGGCAGGGUACCGCCUUGGGAUUGAUGUUACACCUGUGAAGAGCACGCGGAAAGACAGUGUACAGACCAUUCGCCUUGGCUCCGAACUUGGUGUGGCUACGCCUGUCAUCUAUUGCCCUAGCCACAGCGUGUCGAAUACUGUGCAUGAUAUUGGCGAGGCGGCAGGCCCCGAUGGCCUCAAUGCACUGCAGCUGUUCGCUCAGACAUACAAGCAGGCGGAUCUCACACUUACCGGAACGUCUCGAAAGGCAGCGUAUGUGCAGCAGUCGGUUGCAGCCCCUGUUUACUACGGCAUCGGCGCAGUCCACCGACGGACUUCCACAAGCAGCGUGUUGGCAGCUCCUAAAGACAACCACAAGUCCCAACCUGCCCCCGACGAUGCCGCCGAUGAAAUGGAAAUAGACACGGAGGAAAAUGUACCUGUGCCAAAGCCUGUCACAGGUAACUCGACAAACCGGAGAUGUGUUCGAUGCACGACCGAUUUCAGCCCCAGAUGGUGGCCCAGCCAACUACGCAACGAACCCCGAGCCCCCUUGGCGACCAAUGGACCCGUCCUUUCCCCCCGGCGACUAUCUUUGGUGCAUUCCAACGGGGACAUUGGGGAGCCUGCCUACGAAUGCCACAAAUGUCACCUGAAGCACCCGCCUGUGCCUGAGCCCGCACCAGAGCCCCGGCCCUCGCCCUAUGCGGCCCAGCGCCCUACCAUGCUCCCAACCCCUCGCAUUGCUACUGGCCACAGUCACAGUCACAACCACAAUCACAACCAGAACCAGAACCACAACCAUGGCCAUACCUUCGUGCCGCAUUCGCAUUCGCAUCCGCAUUCACACCAACACCCCACGCCAACGGGUGUGCCAGCAAGUGUGCCAACGGGCGUACUUGGACGGCCAUUGCCUCCGGCUCAUUCGCACAGUGCCCUUCCGGGCUAUCCUGGGUAUGACCAGCGGCCUGGUCCCGACGUGCGCAACGGCAUGUCGCCGCCUGCGUAUCCUGCGGCGCCUCUCCCUCCACAUCACAUAGGCAGCUACCCGCCGACUCAUCCGCCUGCUCAUCCGCCGUCUCCUUUCGGCACUGGCCCCCCUCCGCCACCGCCCACGCAGACAUACUCGGCUCACCAGAGCCCCUAUGCCCCCAUGUCCGCUCGGUCGCCGCAUCUCUCGCAAGCUCCCCCGCGCCCAUACCCGGCAUCUGCCUCUCCGCCGAUCGUGCAGGCGACGGUCAACCGGUCUCCGCAGACCUCCCUCAGUGCCCUGAACGGUGGUCCGCCGCCGCGCAUGUACUCCGUUGAUCGUGAAAUGGGGGCUUCCUCCCGCUCACCACCGUCAGUUCAAGGACGUCCUGACCCGCGCGGGCCUUCCCCUCCCACUCGAGUCGACUCGACUCAAUCGCUGGCUAGUAUACUUGGCGGGACUCCCCACGCGAGGCGGCACUCGGGCAUGAACGCUACGAGUACUGGGUCAGGAGCGAGCGCGAGCCCGUCGCUCAAGAACCUUCUCUCUUGA